AUGUUAGCUUUGCGAGUAAAAUUGGGUACUAGAUUAAUCGCAAAAAGGUUAUUAUUAAACUCAAUCAAUAAUGCCAAAUGCAUUUCCACUAGUCAAAUAGCACCCAAAAACCUAAUUGGAAGUUGUCUACAAACUUACCAACAGAGCAGGUAUUAUAGUGCUGCAACAGAAGAGCAAAAAUUUAACCCAGAAAUCGCAAAAAAUGAAACAGAAAAGAAACAAGCUGAAAAGGAGACUGUUAAGGGACCAACAGAAAGGAGGGAAUUUCAGGCUGAAACCCGAAUGCUUUUAGAUAUUGUUGCGAGAUCACUGUAUUCAGAUAAAGAGGUUUUCAUUCGAGAGUUAAUAUCAAAUGCAAGUGAUGCUUUAGAGAAGUUCCGCUAUUUAAGUGUCAGUGGUGCCUCAGAAUCAAGCCAGCUGGAAGAACUGGAUAGACCUUUAGAAAUUAGGCUCAUUCCUGACAAGCAAAAUAGGACACUUACAUUCCAGGAUACAGGUAUAGGCAUGACAAAAGAGGAGCUUACUGAAAAUCUGGGCACUAUAGCUCGUUCAGGCUCCAAGUCUUUCAUUGAAGAAAUCAAGAAGAAGGGUGCAGAACAAGCUAACUCUAUUAUAGGACAGUUUGGUGUUGGCUUUUAUUCUGCAUUCAUGGUCGCAGAUAAGAUUGAAGUUUACACUAGAAGUAGCAAGGCAGGCUCACAAGGAUACAAGUGGUCUUCUGAUGGGUCUGGUACUUAUGAAAUCCAAGAGGCUGAUGGAGUACCCAUUGGUACUAAAAUAGUUAUCUCCCUUAAAACAGAUUGCAGGGAAUAUGCCGAUGAUGAAGUUGUCCAAAAUAUUGUAAAAAAAUACAGCAACUUUGUUAGUAGUCCUAUCUUCUUAAACGAUGAGCAAAUCAACUCCAUUAAGCCCCUCUGGUUAAUGGAACCAAAAGAAGUAUCUCAAGAACAACACAUUGAGUUCUACAGGUUCAUUAGCAAUUCAUAUGAUAAACCUAGAUUUACGUUACAUUACAAAACUGAUGCGCCUUUAAGCAUCAGGUCUGUACUGUAUGUGCCAGAGGGUAAACCAGGACUGUUUGAACUAUCUCGGGACUCUGAUGUAGGGGUAGCCCUCUACUCUAGAAAAAUAUUGAUCAAGAGUAAGGCGGAUAACCUUUUGCCUAAAUGGUUACGAUUCGUCAAAGGAGUGGUAGAUUCUGAAGAUAUUCCAUUGAAUCUUAGCAGAGAAUUGUUGCAAAACAAUGCUCUAAUUACGAAGUUGAAAAGUGUGCUAACUAACCGAUUCCUGAAAUUCAUGGUAGACAGCGCACAGAAAGACCCUGUCAGUUAUCAAGCCUUUUACAAAGACUACUCUGUAUUCUUAAAAGAAGGAAUCGUUACUAGUCAGAGUCCCAUAGAAAAAGAAGAAAUUGCUAAACUUCUUAGAUUUGAAUCCUCCAAAUUAGGGAAUGGUGUAAGAACAUCACUCUCCGAAUACAUAACUCGACAAACAGAUAACAAGUCAAUAUAUUAUUUAGCAGCUCCCAGUCGCGAGUUAGCCGAAAACUCACCUUACUAUGAGUCACUGAAGAAACGUGAUGUAGAAGUAUUGUUCUGCUACGAGAUGUACGAUGAACUUGUACUUCUGGAAUUAAAAGAGUUUAACAACCGAAAGUUGAUAUCCGUUGAAAAUGAUAUGCAAACAACUUCGACGGACAAAGCCGAGACCAUUAUUGGAAGCGACUCUCUCCAGCAAACUCAAAUAGACGAACUGGUCACAUUCCUGAAGACAUUUUUAGCCGGUAGGGUAUUCGAAGUCCGCACUACAAAUAAAUUAGACACACAUCCGUGUGUGAUAACAGUGCAAGAAAUGGCAGCGGCUCGCCAUUUCGUUCGAACUCAGGCGCAGAAUCUUAGCGAGGAAAAUAGAUUCGCCCUAAUGAGACCACAUCUAGAAAUAAAUGCCAAACAUCCAAUCAUCAAGAAACUACACAAACUGCUUACAUCCGAUAAGGAAUUAGCCGACAUGGUCGCGCAGCAACUAUUUGCCAAUGCAAUGAUCACUGCAGGACUCACAAUGGACCCUAGAGGUCUUGUCACACACAUAAAUGAUCUACUUGUUAAAGCUUUAGAGAAACAUUAA